AUGGAGAAUCGACACAGACGCAGUUCGCUGCUCAAAUACUUCACUGACGGCAAGUUCGCCGAGCUUUCAGAUCCGACAGUAGGAGUAGAUUUUUUUGCGCGGCUCAUCGAAGUGAAGGAUGGAACGAGGAUCAAACUACAACUUUGGGACACGGCUGGACAAGAAAGGUUUAGGUCCAUAACAAAGUCGUACUACCGGAACAGCGUUGGCGCCCUCCUCGUCUACGACGUUUGCAAUCGAACGAGCUUCGAGCACAUCCCCCGCUGGAUGAUGGAGGCGCGACGUCACAUCGAGCCCCACCGACCGGUCUUUUGCCUCGUUGGUUGCAAGCUCGACCUGGUAAUGAACGGCUGCAGGCGCGAGGUUUCCCAGGAGGAGGCCCGGGCGUUCGCCGAACAGUACGGCGUCCACCACGUGGAGACGAGUGCGCGGACCGGCUACAACGUCGAGGAUGCCUUUCGCACCGUCACCCAGGAGGUCUACAAUCGAAUACAGAACGGCGAGUACAAGGUCGAGGAUGGGUGGGAUGGGAUCAAGACGGGCUUCGCCCGUCCCGGAGGUUUGGAUUUCAAUCUAGUCGAGGCGGAGCCUACCAAGAGCUCCUGUUGUUAGGGUCGGCCCAUAACCACUCGCCUAUUUUACCUCGGCGAGGAGGCAAUCGUACUGCCUUUUACGUUCCUCUGCGACGAAGCUUCGCUUCUACCACAGCUUCAUAAUGUCAGUCUUGCGUCGCGUACCCCGGCUCGGAUAAUCGCCGGGAUAACGAAAGUGAAUUGUGCGCGAACGCCGCCCGAGACAUUCGCGAGCCAAAGUCGCAGUGGUUAACAACCGGAGCUUUUAAUGCAAGGAAGUUU